GGGCGGGGCAAGAGGUGGGUAGGCGGAAGUCGCUCGCCGCCACCUCAGCUCGGCGUCGUUCAGAGCCCCGAACAUGGCGGGCAUCAAAGCUCUCGUGGCGCUGUCCUUCAGCGGAGCCAUCGGGCUGACGUUCCUCAUGCUGGGCUGCGCCCUGGAGUACUACGGUGUAUACUGGCCUCUGUUUGUCUUAAUAUUUUACUUCAUCUGCCCCAUUCCCCACUUCAUUGCAAAAAGAGUAAGUGAUGACAGUGAUGCAGCUAGCAGUGCCUGCAGGGAACUGGCAUAUUUCUUCACAACUGGAAUUGUUGUUUCUGCCUUUGGAUUUCCUAUCAUCCUUGCACGGGUUGAAGCGAUCAAAUGGGGAGCCUGUGGUCUGGUGCUGGCUGGCAAUGCAGUCAUUUUCCUUACUAUUUUAGGCUUUUUUCUUGUGUUUGGUAGAGGAGAUGACUUUAGCUGGGAACAGUGGUAGGACAUCGCUCUGAUGCUGGUAAUAUUUUACAGCAUGUAUCACCAUAUGUAUACUCUGUGUGUGUAUAUGUGUAUAUAUUAUAACGUGUGUGUGCACGCUGAGAUGUAUGUAUGUGCAUAUGCAUGUAGUGUUACAUUAUCAGAUCGUAACAUGCUUUUUUAAAAUGCAUUUCAGCCAAAGGGAAAAGGCCUUUGUGACAGCUGUCUUAGUGUAUUCAGUAAAAGCUGGAAUCACUGUUGCAAAUUUGUCCCUGAAUAAGUUUACAAAACAUAAGCUGUUUUACUCAUUUUUUCACUAUAUAUGCAUUAACUUUUGUUUUAAUCACAGUAGUAUCGUUGAUACAUAUGAUAUUGGUCAGCAUGCCUUUUGGUUUUUUUAAACAUGUAAUCAAAACAGGCUAAUACAAAGAUUAUCCUACUUGGUAUUGUUCAACUUGAUCGAUCUCUCUGCUUUGAUUAGGGAUGAAUGAGUACUUGCUUUUCAUUUGAGUAAUUUAAUUUUAGUGUUUUUUCUUGAUAACGUAAAAACCAAACAUAGGUUAUGCCAACUCUUUUACUCCCUAAUGAAUGGUUAAAAAUCCUUCCUUCUACUUAUGGUGUUCAUUUAAAAAAUAAUUCCCCUCCAAAGAUACUCACGCUUUGUCCCUAUUCAACUUAACAACUGUGGAUAUAUUUGGGGAAUAAUAUAUUUUAAUGCCUCUUUAAUGCUUAGAGCCAACUUUACUUCUCUUAUGAAGGUUCACAAAAGAAGAAACUAUGCUCAGGACACUUACAAUCACAAUGUAGUAUUCAGCUCUGUGUUCUUGUGUGUGAAAUGCCUGAAUUGCAAAGGAGUGUUCUGCUGGGUAGGACUUCUUAGCUCCUCAGUUCUCAUUGCUUUUAAAACAUACUUAUUCAACUACUAUUUUUUUGUCUGUAAGAAAAGAUUGUUAUAUUAAAACACUAUAUUUUUAAUAGCAUUAUCCUAGUAAACAUUCACAUAAUCACACUUACAAAAGUAAACUUUAAUACUGUUUUGACUUGCUGAAUCCUGCAAAUUGUGGAGGCAUGCAGUUUUGUAAAAAUGCAUUCUGAUACAGCCCUAACUCUAGAAGACAUUUCAGUAAUCUGCAAAGGGGUAAAGGAAGAGACACCUUAGUUUAUUCUUUCAUAGAACAAUGGACGCAAAGAGGUUUCUGCUCUGUGAAGUGAGAAGCUGAAUUUCUGCAGAGGGUAUGUUUUACUAUUGCAAGUUCUUUAUACUAGUAGCUUGCAAAUGAGUGUUUUAUAGUUGUGUGAGUUAGUUCACAGCAGACUGCCAUCACCCUGUGUAGCUAUGAGGGAUGUUGUGUAAGGAGGUGAUAGAAUCCACCCUACAAGAUGUGGCAGCCUCACCAGCGCAGUGCUUUUUGCCCCCUAAGUUGUAUGGAACUACUUACGCUGCUCUCCAAGCUCUCUUAAUACUUGUGUACUGCAAAAUGGUGUCCUGUGGAUUGUUGUGCACAGCAAAGGUUAAAAAAUUAAUGAAUGUUACAUGAGCGCUCUGAUACUGGGUCUUUUAUUCAUGCUCAAUGCCCUA